AUGAUGCCAUAUCAAAGAAGUGGUCUUUUACGAUACAAAAGGGGGAAUACAUACAAUAUGCCUAAACCUCCGACAAAUCAUGAAGAUAAGCAUUUGGCUCAAAAAUUGCAAGCAGAAGAAGAUGAGAAACUAGCUUUGAAACUAGCCAGGGAGCAAGAAGAGGGGUAUAAGUACGUCGCUUAUGAUAUAUUAACUAAUGAGAAAAAGAAAAAUGCCAGUAGCGGCAAGAAUUAUGAUAAGAAGAGUAGUAAUUUCAUUUCAGAUCAAAAAUUUGUUUUAAAUCCCGAACAAUUAUAUGAAGAAAUUAAAAUUAAUCCUCAUGAACAAAUUAAAUUAGAUGAAGAAAUUGCUAAUUCUUUCUAUCAAGUAGCUUAUAUUAUAAAAAUUUUCAGCAUUUUUUCUAUUGAAAACACUUUUCUCAUUUUUUAUUUAAUUAACAAGGUUGUGCAAAAAACAUCAAAAAGCUUACUGACAAAUUUAAAAUUUUUGCAAAAGCUUAUUGAAUAAAUCUUUAAUAAAGCAUAAGGAUAAUUAAAAAAUUACCUUGCUGUUAGCAGACACAAAGGAUUUUCCUUAUGACUUAGCCUACAUCUGAUUAUUGUUAAGGAAAAAAGUAAGGAAAUAGAACAACAAGAAUUAGCGAACUCAAAAAAAUCAAACCAUCAUCAAAAAAACCGAUAUGACCCAUCAUUUGAUAAUACUCGGUCUUUUAUGCCCCCAAGACAUAAUCAUAAUCAUCAUCGAGCAGUUUAUUCAAGCAACCCUCUUCACAAUUCGCAUCAGCGAGGAUCAGAUCCAUGAGACAACCAAAGCUAUGAGCAAUUAUUGGAAUUAGAUAAAGACAUGUAUAAUAAAGGAAACGGUAUAAAAACUUACGAACUUGACGCAAUUCCUAUUUCCCAAUAUAAUUCAAGCAAUAAUAAAGAAGAGUCAACUUGCAAUAUAUGCCUAGAGGAUUUCCAGGAUGGUGAAACCAUUAUUAGGCUGCCGUGCAUGCAUAUCUUUCAUAAAAAUUGUGGUGAUGAUUGAUUAGAAAGAAAAAAUUCAUGCCCGAUAUGCAAGAUUUCUGUUAUUGAACAUUAA